AUGGCUGUAUCAUGGACAAUGAUGUUUCGAAAACAUCACGGUAUUAUUAUAGAAUCUGAAAUAUGUAAAUCGAUUUUCAAAGCAAUUCAUCAACCAAGUCAACAAAUUCUUUGCGUAAAAAGUCUUUCACUACUUAGUUCAUCAUCAAUUAAUGAAGCUUAUCUACUUCGUAGUAUACUUUCUACUGAUGAUAAUUCUAAUAUUCAUCCAAAUAUUUUAUCCCUUUUAUCAAUUAAAUAUUUACCAACAUUAACAAUAAAUAAUUCAAUUUAUUUUAUUUUUGAUUAUGCAUAUAAUCGUGAUUUAGCAACACAUGGUUUAUUAUAUGGUGGUACAGAAAAACAAUUAACUAAUGAACAAAUUCAAACAUAUUUAUAUCAAUUACUUUCAGCGAUUAAUUUUUGUCAUGAUCGAUUAGUUUAUCAUUGUGCUAUUGAAUUAAAACAUUUACUUAUAACACGUACAGGACAACUUAAAUUAUCAAAUUUUGAAUAUGCUAAACAUGCUGUAUUGCCAACAAUGAGAAUAAAUAUAAGUGAUGUUUCAUGUUUUUCUCAAUCUCCACCAGAAUUACUUCUUGGUGAUCGAACUCUCAAUAGUUCAUUAGAUAUGUGGUCAGCUGGAUGUGUUUUUGCUCAAUUAUGUUCAUCAACUCAAAUUCAACCAUUAUUUCAUGGUAAUCAUCAAAUUGAAUUACUUUUUUGUAUAUUUUCAAUGAUGGGUACACCAACGAAUGAUAUUUGGCCAUUAUUUCAUAAACUUUCAUAUUUCAAUGUUGAUUUUCCACGAUGGCCAAGACGAAAUGAUCAUUUAUAUGAAUUAACAAAAUUAAUUGGUGCACAAGGUUUAGAUUUUCUUAAAUGUUUACUUACAUACGAUCCUAAACAACGUACAACAGCAAGAAUAGCUUUACAACAUCAAUAUUUCAAACAUUAA